CCAGGGCGAUGAGCUUCAGGCCAUGGCCCAGCAGCAGGCGGCAGACGAGCGCCGCAAGGCCCACGCCCAGGCGCGGCAGAGCCAGGACUUCGGCGCCGGGCAGGCGGAGGCGGCGCGGCAGCUGGGCGCGGCCAAGGACAUGGCGCUGAGGAGAAGUCAGCGCACCCGGCAGCAGCUGGGCGAGCGCCUGAGGCAGUUGCGCGGAAGUGCACAGCUGCAGCUGCAGGCAGCGAGUAUCCUCCACACCGAGCAGUCGAGGCUCAGGCAGGAUGCAACGGAGCUUCAGACGGAGGUCAAGGGCAUGCUGCAGAUGUUUGCCAACCGCCUUUUGUCGCACGGCCACUUCCACAAGGGUGCCGGCAGCAAGGCCAACGUGGUGCAGGCCAUCGACAGCCUGGCAAAGCUCCUGCAGUCUGAGAAGGAGCAGCGCGUGCUGGAGAACCUGACUUCCAGCCACCAGCACGGGUGCUUGUCCUCCAAGCUGGGCUUGCUGCAGGCGGGCCAGGCCCGGGAUGCGAGCCAGUAUCUCGCGCAGCUACAGGCGUGGGAGCGGAGCUCUGAGACCAGCGUGGCGCCGCUUGCCAGGCAGUACGAAGACCUCUCUGCACGCCACAGCCAGAUCCAGGAGGACCAGGCUGCCAUGAGAGCCAAGCAUGAUCAGCUGGCCGCGCAGCUCAAAGGCACCGAGGCCGCCGCGGCGCGGCUCCGGGCGGAGGCCGCGGAGCUGCGGGGCGGCGCCCAGCGCAGCGCCGCGGCGCUCGCCGGGGCGAAGCUCAGCGGGCAGCACCUGCAGCAGCAGAUCGCCCAGCUCCACGAGGCCUUGCAAGCUUCCAGCAAGGCUCAGCUCGCAGCGCAGCAGCAGGACGCGGAGCGUCACGCUGCGCACCUGGCGGCUCUGCGCUUGGCGGAGCUUGAGGCGGCCAAGCGCCGCGCAGAGGACUGGGAGCUGAAGCUGAGACAGGACGAGAAGGCCCUGCAGUCACUGGAGGAGCAGCUCAGGGAGGCGGUGGGAGGAUGUGAGGCCAUGGCUGGGGAGAUCUUCAGCUUGCGCAAGCAGCAGGAGGAGCUGCAGGAGCAGCGGCGCGGCAGCGAGGACGCCUUGGCAGAUGCCCGCCGCGAGGGCGCCACGGAGCAAAUGCGGAUGCAGGUCGCUUGUGACCGUUUGUCGGCCGCAAAUGCCGACCUCGAGGCAGAGAUCCGCAGGCUUGAGGAGGACCUUGUGGCACGACGUCGCGCCUCCACAGACUUGGAGGUGCGGGCUGCAGCUCGUCUGAGCUCCGCGGAGAACGAGUUGCAAGCAGCCAGGGAGGAGCUCGCAAAUUUGCAGCGGAGGUGGCAGCAGGUCAGCGGCGCGCAGAGCCGGGCGAAGCUGGAGGUGGCCUCGGACAAGAAGAUGUCGGCUGACUUGGAGGGCAGCCUCUCGGAGCAGCUGGAGCGGCGCAGGGCAGAGCAGCGCGCCAAGGAGUCGGCGCUGAGCCAGCAGCUGGUGCGUGAGGAGCAGGCAGCCGAAAAGGCCCGACAAGAGAUGCAGAAGGUGAAGGAUGCCGGGGCCGAACAGGUGAUUCGAACCCAGGAGGAGCAGCGGCGAAAGCUUCAGGGCGUCCAGAAAUUCAAGGUGCAGGCUGAGGAGACGAGGCGUGCUGACCUGAAAUCGACCAGCGACGAGGUGGCUACGCAGCAGCGCAGGCUGCAGGGCCUGGAGCGCGACACCGCGGCCAUGAGGCAGCGCCUAGAGGAGAAUGAGCAGCGGUUGAGCUUGCUGCGGCAAACGGACUCCGAGGACUCACGGGCAAUGAGCCAGGCAAAGGCAGAGAUCACGGCAAUCGAAGGCUCUUUGCAGAAGGCCCACGAGGAGGACGCCGCUUUGACACGCCAGGUGGAGGAUGCCAAGCGCAUGAAGGAGCAGGCCGAGGUGUUCGUGCCUGCAGUGGCGCCGACCAGGGAGGAGCCGAGCUUCGAGAGGAGCCAAUGGAGGAGCUGCUUCGCCGACGAUGGCCAGAACCUCGCAAGCUUCACGGCGUUGCAUGACAAGCUGGAGGGCCACAUUCAGCGUCUUCAGCGACACACUGAGGAGCUGCAGACGGUCUUGAGCACCCAAGCCCGGGAGGUGCCGCGAAAGGAGCCGCUGGCCUUUGAGGCUUUAUCAUGACAUCCAGCGGCAGCUUGCAUGCAGCGGGCGCCAUCGCACGACGUUAAUGCAGGCCAAGCGCCAAGGAAUUCGUGGCUGGGAGUGGGAACACUUGCGUGCCACGGCC